UGGUCUGAACAGUCAGACGGACGGAGAGGACAACACGAGAGGAUGGAUCAAGUUCUUCUAAGCAUCAUCGCUGUAUCAGGACUGUGUGCCCUUUAUACACAUGCUGGACGUCAGUAUUAUUUUGUGUAUGAGGCAAAGAACAUGACUGAAGCUCUGAGCUACUGCAGAGACAAAUACACCGACCUGGCCUCCAUCGACAACAUGAAGGACGUGGAGCUGCUGAACACAAAGGCAGAUUCAAAGAGAAUGGUCUCCUACAGCCAUCUGGCGUGGAUAGGUUUGUACGACGACGUGGAGAGCUGGAGGUGGUCACUGUCAGACAGAAGUUUCUACAAACCUGGAGAGAGCACCUUCAGACACUGGUCAUCUGGAGAACCCAACAAUAAGCGCGGUGUAAAGCAUUGUGGACAGAUGUACACUGGACUCUGGAACGAUGUACCAUGUGAGAAACUUUACAAGCCAGUCUGCAGUGAUGUCACAGGGUCGAAUGUGACCUUUGUCCUCAUCAACACCAACAUGUCAUGGACUGAGGCCCAGAGAUACUGCAGAGAACACCACACUGACCUGGCCAGCGUGAGAAACCUGGACGAGAACCAGAAGAUAAAGAACCUGAGCUCAGGACAUGAGGUUUGGAUCGGCCUCUCCAGAGAGACCUGGAAGUGGAUGGAUGGAAGUAAUUCUUUGUUUAGGUACUGGGGUGAAAAUGAACCCAAUAACUGCUCACAAAACGAGAAAUGUGUGGCCGCUCAUUUUGAAAAGUCAGGCAGAUGGGAGGACUGGUCCUGUCACUACAAGAGAGCAUCCAUCUGCUACAGAGACGCUUCACUUUCACAACGAGUGGUCAAAGUGAGGCUGGUGAAGAGAAGCUCCUCUCUGGAUCUGAAUGACGCUGCAGUGAUGGACGCCAUGUUGAAGCAGCUCAAACAGCAAGAAGACGUCAAACUGAGCUGGAGGAAGCAGGCGGACGGGAAGGUGUUCCACAAAGAGGAGAAGAAGAAGAAGAUGAUUACAAAACCAAAAGACGAGCUGUAGACUAGUGGAAGAUGUUUGUCAUUGGUCAAUGGAUCGUUCCCACGUUUAUCGUAUGGUACAAAAGAGUUCUUUCAUUUCAUUGGUACAGAGGCUGAAACCUGAAGCACGUCUGUUUCCUCUUAUAAUCCUCACUUUACUGAUUCAAAGAUUCAAAGAUUCAAAAAACUUUAUUGUCUAUCACACUGUGACAGAAAAUGACCUUUUGUUGAGGCUCAACAUGAAAACAUACAAACAUUCACACUAACACUCACAUCAGGUCAUAAACAGCUCAAAGUACCUUAAAUAGUUAAAAACACAUGCACAGCAUUUAAAAAACAUUGCUUAUCUACCCUUUUUUAAAAUGUGUAUUGCAGUGACAAUAAGAGUUUUUGUAAGUUUUCUUUUCGGCAGUGGUACUCUAAAACGACUUCCUGUUUGGUCUCGUUCAGUCUCUUAACUGUAACGAGGUGAUCAUGUUUCUGUAUUUGUAAAGUUUAACUCUUUCUCUUUAAGUCUAAUCAUUCUGUUCAAAUCCUAAAAGCCGAGCAGGGACUGCAACAUUGCCACGGCUACAAACCUGCAUGUAAUCAUUUGACAGAUGAAGCCAUGUUCAUGUGUCUGUGUUAAAUAAAGGAAUACAAUAAAUAACUGUAAGUACAAGAA